UUGGAGAACUGAACUUUCUCGUGUUUUCCCUUCCUCCAGAGCGAGCUGAGAUCGGCGCGCAUAGCGAGGGAUUGGGACCAGCCAACCUGCGCUGGGGUACAGACGGACAGAGAUACGUCCUACGCCCGGGGUCUGGUGAGAGCGUGCAACGUGAGUCUUCAAACUGGCGUGGGCAUAAAGCAACACCCCUGGCCUUGAAUGGAGGCUGCCCUCUGACCUUUGACCGGCGGCCGCUGCCAAGGUAACGCAGAAGCCAUGACCUCCACACUUCAAGCCUUGCACUUUAAACUCUUGACCCAGGCCACGGGUCAGAGCACCAUCCGUGCGUGCGACCGGGAGAUCGACCGCCAGUAUGACAUCGUGCCGUCCGUGGUCUGCUCCAUGUGCUGCCUCUUCGGCCUCAUCUACUGCUUCUUUGGCUACCGCUGCUUCAAGGCCAUCAUGUUCCUCACGGGCCUGAUGUUUGGCUCCAUUGUCAUCUUUAUGCUGUGCUACAAGGAGAGGGUGCUGGACACUCAGCUGAGCAUGGAGGCCAGCGUGGGAAUCGGCCUGGGCAUCGGCAUCCUCUGCGGCCUGGUCACCAUGCUGGUGCGGAGCGUGGGCCUGUUCAUGGUGGGCCUGCUGCUGGGCCUGCUGGUGGCCGUGUCGACCCUGCUGGUCCUGGAGCAGUUCUACCACCCCCGCACCAUGUGGGUGCCCAUCGGGCUGCUGCUGGGUGCCGGAAUGUUCUUCGCCGUGCUCACCCUGCAGUGGCAGCGCUUCUUCACCGUCCUCUCCACCGCCGUCUUCGGCGCGGCCAUCAUCACCGUCACCGUGGACUACUUCGUCGAGAUCUUCCUGCUGGUGCAGUACGUCUACGAGCGGAUCAAGGUGUCCCCCGUGCAGCCCAUGUGCUGGUACAGCUGGGUCAUCCUGGGCAUCUGGCCUGUGCUCACCGCCCUCGGAGUGCUGGUGCAGUUCAAGAUCACGGCCGAAGGCUACUCGCACACAGAAGUGAUCAUCAGCAGGAGGCGACGGCGGGUGCAGCUGAUGCGCAUUCGGCAACGGGAGGCGAAGAGGAAACAACGGAGACAGCGGCGUUCCUACCAGGAGCAGGCCUACCGGAGGAAGCCCAACCCUGUGCGACGCUACGAUGGCGAUGUCCUCUCUCCGAGCUACAUUCAGAGUUUCCGAGACCGCCAGGCCGGUUGCCCCCCCAGCGGUGCCCAGACCAUGGUGGACGUCGACUACGAUUGUGGCUCCACCGUGCCCCUCACCUCCUCCGCUCCGGCGGUCCGCGUGUGAGGCCGCGGGCAGAGGCGGCUGGAGAUGACCAGCGGGCGCGGCCCCCCGGGGAGAGGGCGGAGGAUGCCCAGCGACUGUCUCGAGGAUCUUCCCCCCCUCCCCGCGGACUGGCGUGGACAACAACAGAGUUAAUAUAUUCG